AUGCAUUUCUCGCAACUACUCUUAUUUGCCCUUUAUACUCCAUUUCUCAGUACAGCGGCUGUGAUAGGUCAGCGAUCAAGCACUACUACGACUGCCGUGCAGUCCACCGCUACCAGGGCUGUAUUUGCUCACUAUAUGGUCGGUUCGAUGACCUCGGAUGAGGCCGUGACUGACAUUCAAGAUGCUAUGAAUGCCGGAUUUGACGGAUUCGCCCUUAAUACCCACACUAUCAGUUCUUCUGACACAUGGAAUACUGAUGCACUUAACUACCUGUUUACCGCGGCAGCAGGGACAAACUUCAAGCUAUUUAUUUCAUUCGAUAUGAGUUGGGGUUUAGAUGUUACGCAGCUUGCAGCUUUCUUGGCACCCUAUGCCUCUAAAGACGCAUACUAUACGAUCAACGGGAAGAUUUUCAUAAGUACCUAUACAGGAGGUACCAUAUCAAAUUCUGCCUGGAAGUCGGGACUCAUUGAUCCUCUUACAUCAACCUACGGCAUCAAUCCGUACUUUGUUCCCAACUUUGGUGACUUUUCCGGUUAUCCGACCGGUGUUUUCAGUGCCUAUCCCAUCUUGAACGGCGUCUUCAGCUGGGAGUCAGCAUGGCCAUUCCCUGGAACCACCCCUGUCAAUGUCAGUGACACGGUAGAUUCAGCUGCCUUACAGGAGGCGCGUGCCGCUGGCAAGACCUACAUGAUGCCCUUAUCGUCUUUCCAGUUCAAGUAUCUCGGCAGUGAUCAAGACUGGUAUCGUAUAGGGGAGGUCAAUUUGCCUGAGCGCAUGGGCCAGGCCCUGCAGCUGCAGCCCGACUUUGUCGAAGUCAUCACCUGGAAUGAUGCCGGAGAGAGCCACUACGUGGGCGACGUCUGGCAAGAACAAAUUGCCGGCAGUGCCAUCGGCAAGUAUAGCGACGGCUUCGAUCAUAAGGGAUGGUUACAGAUGAUUACACCCUUCAUUCAAGCUUUUAAAGCUGGUGCAACAAGUAUUUCCCAGAUCGCCCCACCCAGCACUAAGCCCGUCGGAACCCUCUGGUAUCGAACACUUUUGACCAGUGCCAGCUGCUCCUCGUCUAUUUCCAACUAUCAAUCCGCUCGUGAUACAGUGAAUUUUGGCGUGAUUCUUCCUUCUACUGGCUACACAAUCAACGUGUACAGCAACAGCAAUCUUAUUGGCACCUUUGCGGGUCAGAAGGGAUUGAACUACAACAGUGUAGUAGGUCUUACAGCUGGUAGUGGGCAGAUGAUCGAAGUGCUUGAUAGUUCGAAUAAAGUUGUUGCUUCAGCCACAGGAACUAAGAGUGUUUUGGCUGAAAGUUCAGACGCAACUUGCAAUUGGAACUAUGAAGUUGUGGGUCUCUCUUGA